UGAUGUAUCCCAUCAUCCACUACGCAGAGGUAUGUCCGAACGGUAACAAGCCCCCCAUGUCUCUACAGGACCCGAUGGCUCUCGGCCAAGAAUUCACCUUGCAGCAAGGUUUGUACGCAGAAAUUAAAUUUUCCAGUCCUGGAAUAUUCCAAAAAAUAUCCGCUCCACAACAGGACAUAUCCACGCACAAAGCUUGUAUCUUCAUGGGCUUCAAAAAAUUAGACAGCCAUUUCAGUGAAGUCCUAGAGGACAGCUGGAAAGACUGGACAGGGGCGCGCCUCGUCUAUAUGAAUCUGUCGGAUGAGUUUGGACUAUCACGGUUGUCCUUCUACAGAAGGAUGGCCCCUAAAGAUGCGGACAUGUUCAUGUAUAUAAUGAUGGUCGAAUGCGAUUCCGUCACAUCCAAGAACCAGAUUCGGCUACUGGACUUUGUGCAGAGGUUAAGAGUGGAGAGAAUGAUGGGAUAUCUUUCUGUCUAUAGAGUAGAUCGCUUAGUACCUUCCACAGCCAAUGUCAUCAAUGGUCUUCUUACUGAAGCGGUGGACAGCGCCGGGAAAGUGAACAUAUGACAGUUGGAACAGGUUUUAGGCCUCAUAACGGAUUCAGUUGCAAAAUCUGACGAUAAGCCCAUUGCUGUGAGAAUGAGAAAUGCGAGUGGAUAAUUCAAACAGAUUUUUAAUGUUCUGUUACCUUCUUGCUGUAAAUAACACACCGAUUCUAAGCAACUGGGAAACUACAACGAAUUCUCAGGCUAAAGAUUGAAUAAUCCAUCUUUUUUAAAGAAUUUAAUUUAAACGCUUGCGCGGAUUACAGCAAUAAGAAUACUUGAAGUUUUGAUGAACAAUCGAAAAAGGAUUUUGUGUUAACUAUUCCGAGAAUUAAUUAAAAUUAAGUGCUGCAAUUUCUCUAAAUUAUUUAAGUAAGAAAUUUACUUGUAUCUACUUCCUUAUGAAAUACUUAAAGCACUGUGAUGAAACAAGUGAAAAUAAAAAUGAUCAAAGUGGUGAAACAAUAUAGCAUAUUUAGAUGAUUGCAUAAGCGCUGGAAUAAUAGCAAAUUUUCUUCAAAUGUAGACCAUUUAGUGACCUUUUAAAUUGGAAGCAUUCUUACAGCACAGAACAAAAUAAAUGCCUAAACUGGGUAUCUAAAGCUUUAUAUUCUUCGCUAGCAAAUCUCUGCCUAGAACUUCUCUACUUUUACUGAAUAUCUCGAUAAAAUAAAAGUCUCUGCUUAGAAUAUUCUUAUUCAUCUAUCAGAAUUAAAAGUGAGAUAUAGGAAAUCUUUUUGAAAAUUUUAUCAACACAGCACUUAGAAUAACAGAAUUUUUGCUAGCUUUCAUAUUUCUCUACUAUGUACGCCUUAUAUUAGUAGUAAAUUAGGGCGGUUAUUAAGAGCACAUUUUAUAAUAAAGUGCAGAAAUUUUACUAAGGUACAACUUUUACUGUUUCUCCAAUAAACUGUGAAGAAAUUUACAGCAAACAUUACAUGAAAAAAAAAAAAAAAAAAAAAAAAAAAAAGAGAGAGAGAAGGACUACUGCUAUAUUCUUCCAUUUAUUCCCAUUUGUUAAUACUGAACUGUGGUGCCCGCUUUAAGUGAGAGAAAGAAUUUGGAUGUUUUUACUGAAGAUAUUCUAAAAGAGCUUGUGAUGCAGAAGUGAUAGAAGUCGGCUCACAUCAAUGGAACUUUGCAUAAAAAAUUUCUCUUCCUUCCUUGUGUAUUAGUGACAUAUAUACGUAUUCCAUAUCUGUACUACCUUUUGUAAAACCACUUUCUUUCAUUCCGUAUACUGCUGAAAAAGAAAUGCAGUCAAACCUCAAGAGUACGUAACUCAUGGAACUGAUUAUAUGUUAAGCAUUAAGCUGAAAGAUUUUCAGAGCAGAUUGAAAAAAGAUUUGAAAUGAUCUUUAAAACUUCCUCGAACAGAAAAUUUAUUCUAGAUAUUACUCUUCUCCUAUUAAAAUAUUUACUGUUGCCAAUUUGUAAAACAAAAUAUUUAUUAUUGAAAAAAAGUAAAUUAAAACUCUAAAAAAUUUUAAUUUUAAA